AGCUACCAGUUCCCGGAUCUCCCCUCAUGUUUCGCGCAGAGCUUCCGCCUGCGUACGAACCGGCACUGUCGUGCCGCGAGCGAGGCCGCGCGUAGGUGGACCGCAGAACAGGGUUUCUUCGGCGAACGUGAGCGCGAGGCGCUGGAGGGUACGAAGCUCGGCCUGCUCGCAGCGCUGUGCUUUUCGACGUGCGACCUCCCGCAGCUGACGCGCGCGGCCGAAUUCUUCACGCUUCUCUUCCACUGGUGGGACCACGGCCUCGGGGAGCGGAGCCAGGCGACCUGGCAGGGCCUCUGGACGCAGCUCUGCCGCACCACUUCUAAGAGCUGGCAAGCGCGCUUCCAGGCGUACCUCAUCGACUUCGAGGACGCGGGGCUCGAUUCUGAGAAAAGUGAGCAGACGCUGACGAGUAUCGAAGUCUACAUGUCCCGGAGCAGGCGGUCGUCCGGCUUCCUGAUGGCACUCGCGUUCAUCGAAUAUGCAGAAGGGCUAGACUUGCCGGAGGAAGUGUUCGGGUCGCAGGCACUGACGAAGCUAAGGCUGGCCACGCUGGACCUCGUGAUAUGGAUGCAUGACAUCGCGUCGUAUAACGUCCAGCAAGCUUCUAACCAUGCGCACAACGCCAUCGCCGUGCUCGUAACCUCGCAGCAUGUAAGCUUGCAGGCGGCGAUACACCGCGCAGGGGACCGUGUCAAGGCCCUUGUCGCUGAAUUUCUAGCGCAUGAGGCGGCGCUGGCGCAAUGCUCGUGGGGUCCCUAUGCUGAUCGCGACGUGCGUGUAUAUAUCGCUGGCCUGCGCGACUGUGUCGUGGGCACGGCGCACUGGAUAUAUCGGUGUGACCGGUACUUCCUGGGCAAGGGCGAAGACAUUAAGGCCUUUGGGUGGGUUUUUUUGUUGCCGAAAGAGACGGAGGAUGAGGGGGAAGGU